ACCAGGAUUGUGUUCAUUCGACUGUGUGGUAUUCUGAAACUUUAACAGUCAUCAUCUCGGAGUUUUGGCUAAAUCAUGAGAAUAUAGAUUCUCAUGGGAUGGAAAGGAAUUUUGCAAUUGUACUCCAUCCUGCCUCACAUGGUGCAGAAGAAACUUUAUAAAUUUUUCCGCCUUUGCUUUGACCGAUGGCCUUGUGACAGCUCCCUCUCUUUUCCACUUGAAAUGUGGCUGAGCUACAUCCAGCCUUGGAAGUAUAUCAGUCAUCGUGUAGGAUCGCUUUCUGUUGACUCGGAGAAAGAAAAUAGAGAUGGGUUUGUGAAUGUCAAGUGGAAAAAGUUCAUCUCAGAAAAUUUGUGUUUUUACACAGUCAUCUUUCAACAGCUGCUUCCAAAAUUUUUUCAAGUUGAUCUAAGUUCUCCUGAAAAUGCAUCCAUGUUGUUUCAUCUUGCAAAGGUUUUCUCAAAGCCAAAUCUCGGCACUGUGAUAUCUGAAGUGGAGUCUAACUUCUGUAAAGCUCCAGUGUGCCUUCUUUCACCAUCCUUCUCAUCAGUUAAUACUCCACCACCCCUAAUGCAUAAUGCAUCUGUAUGUGGUAGCCUAAGACAACAACUUAUGAAUUUGGAGGGUCCUGGUUUUGAUUAUAAGCCAUUUUUUGGUGAAUAUCAGACAUCACAGGUUCAUCAACUUCUUCAACUGAUUACUCAAGCACGUAUUGCUACAGCAGGGCUGAUCAAACUCCACGAAGCUUCUAGAAAGGGUUGGUUUUCACAACUAAUUUCUUGUUUCAACCGAAGUGAUACUUCAUUUGUCAGUGUAGAAUACAAUGCUGUGGAAACAAAAAAGGUUGAGUUGUACCUUGAAUAUACUGCCAUACAACUGUGUGAGCUAUUUCAGCUGGAAAUUCCCAGUGUAUCUUUAAGAGGUACUUCUCUUCAAGAGAAAACACCCGAUACAGUUCCUGGACCGAAUGGGCCCUGUCUAACACCACUAGGGCGCUAUCAACUUGUAAACAGAAUCCACAAGUUUCCGUUUCAUUACCAAGAAAAUCCAGAUCUUCAGCCAAUCAGAAACUAUGAAAUCACUUUUCUAGUUCGACUGCUUCACCAAAUCUCGACAGCAGUAAAUAAAAAUGCCCUGCUGGAUAGACAUAAUUUACAGAUCACGGGAUUGAUACCUGUUGCUGAGCGUGCUCGCCCUUUCAACAUAGGAGGUAGUGUGACUGUCAAUCACAUUAUUCGUUGGUAAAGAGUAGCCCAAUAGAUGGCGCUGGAUGUUGUUUACUAAAUGCCUUCCCUCUAUCAAUCCAAAUGUAGGGACAUCUACCUCAGAUACCCCUCAAGUAGCUGUGAAGAAAAUUCAACAAACCAUUGAAUAUAAAACUUUCAACAGAUUAGUUAAAUUAACAAAAACAAUAUGGUUAUUAACUUAAGCUUAUAAAGUAAACACUUGCUGAAGAGUUGCAAUAGCUUGAAAAGUAAAACAUGAAAUGCUGGUUGGUUAAGAACAAAUAAACACUGAAAAAAAAGAAAAUAAACAAAAUGGUCCUAAUUUUACAAACUUCUGCUCUGCACUGUCUGAUAAAGUUUAAGGGCUAGUAAUACAUCAGUCUACUAAUUAAUGUUUUAAGUGCAAGUUCAUUAUUCAGAAUGCCAGUUUGUUAUUAAUCCAAGAUUGAAUUAUUUUUUUCUAGUUAAAAAUUAGAUAAAAUUUGACAAUGAGUUAAUAAUAAUUACUUUUUAAUGAACAUUAUUUGUUAUUUUUAGUAUGGAAACAAGUUUAAUGACUUCUACUACAGAGAGACUUUUUUAGGACAAUUAGCUAGGCAGCUUCUUACAGCUCCAUCUAUCUUUUAUAA